AUGCAUCUUAUUGUACAUAAUAUACAUAGAAUAUUUAAAUCAUAUGCACGUUAUUGGUUAACACUAGUAAUUCAUAUGUGUAAUCAAAUGUUUGAAAAAUUUUCUCAAGAUUUAAAUACAUUUAUUAUUGAUACAAUUGUUAUAUUAUUAUCAUGGAAUACUAUAGCCAUAUCAAGGCAAUUAAAUGCAAUAUCAGUACAACGUCUUAUCAAAUAUUUAUAUCUAAAUUGUACACAUAAAAAUUCUAUAGUAAUAGAAUCAAAUUUAGAUUUAAUUAAAAAAUUUGUUGAAUUAUGGAAACAACCUAUAUAUGCACCAACAUUAAUUAUAUAUAAAUGA